AUGGCUGCGCCCUCAGACAACCAACCGCAACACGACAAGGCCAUCGCCGAUUACAGCGCCCAGGCCAUCGUCACGCAGCUGGGGCUCAUCCCCAAUGUUGAGAAGGGCUACUACACCCAGACAUUUGAGGACCAUCUCGUGGUCCUCGGCAACCGCUCAGCCAGCACGGCCAUCUACUAUCUUCUCGAAGGCAAGCAUGGGCAAUCGCGCUGGCAUCGCGUGGCCGAUACCGAGAUCUGGCACUACUAUGCCGGCGCACCGCUCACACUGUCGCUCUCCUGGAACAACGGCUCUAAGCUCCAGCUCAAGACCCUAGGACCGGACAUCUUCCGUGGACAAGCGCCGCAGAUUGCCAUCGGAAAGCAGCAAUGGCAGAGCGCCAGGAGCCUAGGCAGCUGGACGCUCGUAGGUACGACGGUCGCUCCUGGCUUUGACGAAAGUGGUUUUGAGCUAGCACCAGAGGGUUGGCUGCCUCGGACUUCCUAG